CAAUUUCCGUUACUACCAGUCUCCUGCGGAAAAUUAUAGUAAUCGAAUACGACUACAGAAGCUCGGAGCACGAGACAACUUCGGUCUUAAAACAACGCGAUGUCGCUUUGUGAUUUCUCCAACAACCUUGAAGUACAUGCUUACAUCGUAGGCAUUCUUUUGACACUAGGCUGUAUCGGUUCGCUAGGCGGAUCUUAUCAUAAUGAGUAUGAAACGUUGACUAGUGUUGCCACCUUUCUUGUUGUCUUGGCAUGGGUGAUUCUCUACUGGUAUGGCUUCCUCAAGAGAAAUCGACUCUGCAUUCUUAUAUCUAUGGUAUUCGUAGCGUUCGGUAUCGUAGGCGUGACAGUCAUAUUUAUUUUUGCCUUUGUGGCCGUUAUCGUAAUUGGCUGGCCUGGACUGUUUUUGCUUGUGCUCGCAGUCAUCUGCAUGGCUUUACAGGUGUACCAGUGGGAAGUCAUGGCUCAGCUGCGCGAAUCAUUUUUGAAUGAUUCGAUGCGGUAUGUCGGAACAGUAAAGAACCUGCCAGUUUAAUGUAAAAACAAUGAUUCGUGACUCAACAGCAAAAGCGUAUCGUUUUGUGUUCUGAAGACUCCCCAGUUGACGAUAUACUCGUCAGACGACAAGUAUAUUUUGGCGUAGCACAGGACAGGACAAGUAUAUUUCAGCGUCUUGAGGUAUAUUUUAGCGUAAAACAUAGCUGGAAAUAAAAAGCAUCGAUAAAGAAAAGCUAUCAAAGGUGAAUAAUUAUUGUACAACAGGAGGCGCUUAUCUGAUUGAAAGCAACGGAAACGCCAUCUAUGGCAUGCGAAAGUAGACAUUUUUAGAUCCGUUUGGGAUAGGGAAUGUCGCCUUGAGAUUUCUUAACCUUCUAGACUGUAAAAUGUCAAAUAAUCAAACAAAAUCAUACAA